AUGGAAAAAUGCCUGGAUCCAGAGGCAUCCAGUCCACCGCGGUAAUCCGGGCAGGGCGGUCUUUAGUUUCGGCCUUCCCGCCCCCCAACUGAGUGCUCAUUAGAAGCCUUCCCAGCUCAGCCCAAGUCUUCUCAGAGCUGCACCUGCCCUCCUCCUCGUCCUACUUGGCUGCGCCAUGACGUCUUCGGACAGCGACGAGACCGGUAGCGAUUUCUCAGAAUCUCUGGCAAUCCUUCAGCUCCGGGACCAGUACGUGGACUCGAUAAGCGGCGUCGAGGCCAAGGACCUGAACGGACACUGCCGAUAUGGCUGCAAGGAGUCUGGCUCGCUUGACGUCGCCGCCCUUCACGUGGAAGAGAAGUGCGAACUGCCGCCGAAAAGCCCCGAGUCGCCUUCCUGCAGGACAGACUUCCGGUCCUCUGGCGUGGUAGGCCACAGCAGCUCCCUUCCCAUGGACCCCCACCGGGCGGCCAGGGGUAAGACAGUCGGUUUUUCCCUUUCCCGGCUUCUUCGCAUCCCGGCCAGAAAGUACAUGCCCGUUAGCCUCGGAGACUCGCGCUGCUUCCUGUUGUGCAUUUGCUACCUGACCUUCAUCCAGUCCCUGAUGGUUUCGGGCUACCUGAGCAGCGUCAUUACCACCAUCGAGAAGCGCUAUAGCCUACGCAGCUCCGAGUCGGGCCUGCUGGUCAGCUGCUUCGACAUCGGCAGCUUGCUGGUGGUGGUCUUCAUCUCGUACUUGGGCGGCCGGGGCCAGAGGCCACGCUGGCUGGCGGCGGGUGGCGUGGUCAUCGCCGUCGGGGCCGCGCUCUUCUCCCUGCCCCACUUCAUCUCGCCGCCCUACCAGAUCCAGGAGAUGAACGCAUCGGGGGGCCAAGAGGGACUCUGCCUCGGCGCCAACGACAGCGGACGGGCGGCGGCUGACGCGCCGUCGUGCCAUCGCCAACACGAAGGCGACGAACACAACCUCUACGUGGCGCUGUUUAUCUGCGCCCAGAUACUGGUGGGCAUGGGCUCCACGCCCAUCUACACCCUCGGGCCCACCUACCUGGAUGACAAUGUCAAGAAGGAGAACGCGUCUCUCUACCUGGCCAUCAUGUACGUGAUGGGAGCCCUGGGCCCAGCCGCCGGUUACCUGCUUGGAGGCGUCCUCAUCGGCUUCUACGUGGACCCCAAAAGCGCCGUCUCCAUCGACCAAAGCGACCCUCGCUUUGUAGGCAACUGGUGGAGCGGCUUCUUGCUGUGUGCCUUUGCGACGCUCCUGGUCAUCUUCCCCAUGUUCGCCUUCCCCAAAAAGUUGCCGCCGCGCCACAAGAAGAGGAGGACAAAGACAGACAAAGACGACGACGACGUGAUGAAGGACAAGUCCGGCGGCAAAGGCCACGACGUGUCGUCCUCCAUGGCCUUCGGGAAGAACAUCAGAGACAUCCCCAAGGCGGCGCUGAGGAUCCUCAGCAACGUCACCUUUCUGUUCGUCAGCCUCUCCUACACGGCCGAGUGCGCCAUCGUCACCGCCUUCAUCACCUUUAUCCCCAAGUUCAUCGAGUCCCAGUUUGGAAUCCCCGCCUCCAACGCCAGCAUUUACACAGGCGUGAUCAUCGUGCCCAGCGCGGGUGUGGGUAUCGUGCUGGGCGGCUAUAUCAUCAAGAAGCUGAAGCUGGGCGCCCGCGAGUCAGCCAAGCUGGCCAUGAUCUGCAGCGGCGUCUCGCUGCUCUGCUUCUCCACGCUCUUCAUCAUGGGCUGCGAGAGCAUCAACCUGGGAGGCAUCAACAUACCCUACACCACCGGUCCGAUGCUGACGUUGGCGCACAGGAAUCUGACGGGAAGUUGCAACGUCAACUGCGGCUGCCGCAUCUAUGAGUACGCGCCCGUGUGCGGCUCGGACGGCAUCACUUACUUCAACCCCUGCCUGGCCGGAUGCAGCACCAUUGACAAUGACAGCGGCGGGAUGAGGAACUACACAGAGUGCGGCUGCGUGCAGAGCCGUCAGGUGAUUACGCCGCAGUCGGGCGGCGGCCCCGUCAACCAGCUGGUCAUCGUCAAGACCUACCUGAACGAGAACGGCUUCGCCACGUCAGGGAAGUGCGAGCGCACCUGCAACACGCUCAUCCCCUUUCUUGUCUUCCUCUUCAUCGUCACCCUCAUCACCGCCUGUGCGCAGCCCUCCGCCAUCAUUGUCACGCUCAGGUCGGUGGAUGAAGAAGAGAGGCCUUUUGCUCUGGGCAUGCAGUUCGUCCUUCUCAGAACUCUUGCUUACAUCCCGACGCCAAUCUACUUCGGCGCCGUGAUCGACACCACAUGCAUGCUAUGGCAGCAAGACUGCGGCGUGCAUGGCUCGUGCUGGGAAUAUGACGUCACCGCCUUCCGCUUCGUCUACUUCGGCCUGGCCGCCAGCCUCAAGUUCGUGGGCUUUGUCUUCAUCUUUCUUACGUGGUACUCCAUCAAGCACAAGGAGGAGCGCGUGGAACGCUGGCGCCCCAGCUUGCCGCCAUCAUUGCCAUCACCACCCCUGCCCUUGCUCUCGGGCACCGUCAGCAGUCUGGUCUGCCACCAGGGUGGCAAGUGCCACACGCGCACACGCUCCUGCCCCGUCUUCAUCCCCUCUGCGCGGCCCGAGGCCCCCACUGCUGCCGCGUUUCUGCUCUGCCACGGCAGCCUCAAAACAAUCACGCCCAGAGGCGCUGGGCUCAUCUGACCCUUCUACCAACAAUUACCUACCACUCACCCUCUUCUUCAAGGGCUGACCAAUACACCGCCAUUAUGGUGCUGACUCAUGUCUCACCCACUCAGAGUACAAACUGUGUUCUAUGCAAGGUGCCUACUGUCUUCACCUCCAGGAACGCUACUGUCCCAAAGAUGUGAUCUGGAAUUUAUCCACCAUGUGUUGUAAUUACAAUAGGUGAUGAUUAAUGAUUGUAUUAUGUACAUAAUGCAGUAGAAGGCUUGAACUCUCAUUGAGCCAAGACCAACUAAACACCGACUUAAAGAAAGUUGGGAUAUUUUCAACAUAUCGCAGUAUCUACAGUGGUACCCAGUAGUACACGUGACCAGACUUUUUCUUUUGGCAAAACCUCAAUAAAGAGUCUUCAAGCUGUUUGAUGCCAAU